AUGCAGACCGGUAUCGGUCCUACCAAACUCUUUGCGACAAUUGAAAAGGUGGAAAAGACCGAAGAAGAGUGGCGGCAAGAGCUUUCUCCCCAAGCCUACUACGUACUGCGAGAAGCCGGAACCGAGGCACCAAGAAGCUCAGAACUCAACGAUGUAAAAGAACCUGGCACUUUUGUGUGUAAAGGAUGUGGAGCACCCCUCUUCACUACUGCCGCCAAGUUUGAAUCUGGCUCUGGCUGGCCCUCCUUCUACCAGCCUGUUGAUAAAAGUGCUGUCGAUUUGUCGGUUGAUUACAAGUUGAUAAUGCCACGCACUGAAGUAUGUUGCGGUUCGUGUGGUGGUCACCUUGGUCAUGUCUUUGACGACGGACCACAGCCCACUGGACAACGCUACUGCAUGAAUGGCAUCGCCAUGGACUUCAAAGCCGACGAAACCAACCCCGAUUUGGCUGCUGCCGUUGUGGAGCGACAAUCUUCUCCCUUCAAACCCACGGCUGAGUCACAAUUACCAGGAAUUUUGUUCAAUGGCGCUAUUGGGGUGCUCUUUUUUGGUUCCUUUGUUACCAGAAUAGGAGACAUUGAAUCCCUGGGAGGAACCCCGGUGCCGUUUGAUUUCUUUCCCGUCAUUCCUGCCGUCUUCUAUGGCGUCAUGGCAGCGCAAGGCAUAUCACGACUUUUGUAG